UUUAAUAAAGUAAAACAUUCACCUUUCAAGGGAUCUUUUAGCUUUCUAGUUUAAAUGAAUAAUUCACAAAUUCAGAACAAUCGAAACUGCUUUUGCAGGAAAUACAUAAAGAAAACUUUUCGACACUUUUUUCGAAGAAAUACUAACCCUUUAACAAGCACAUCUUUAGACGACGAAAACACUAUAUUCUAUUUUGGAGAUGAUGAUAAAUAUAUAUCACUGCAGAACUUGCAAAGUCUUGUCAUUAACUCUACGAUUCCAAAUAAAGCAAAAGAGAAUACAAACACAUUAAAUGUGUCAAUUCCAACCAAAGAUCGCAUACGAUUCUUUCAAUAUCGAAAUAAUGUGAAUGUGGGUAUUUCAGUUCCCCGUACAAAGAUUCCAAAAGAUUCCAUUACUAGUCUUUUGAAACUAAUUACACAACUUUUAAUUGUGGAUCUUAAGUUACAAGGAACAAUUGUUGCUUUGUGCACUUGCACUGGAAGAAAAAUCACAUUUUUAGAAGAACUUAAAGUUGGAGAAACUUACAUUUGCCACUCUCAUACAGAGCCCACCAAUAAUGUCACUGCAACUGCUGAACCAGUGAACACGGUAGAAUCAAUAAAACUGACCAAUAUUCGACGUCCAAAUUUUUGCUUUCAAAGUCAUUUAAGGCGCGAAGGUAAUAUACGCCCACGCACAAUAAUCGUCAUCAAAAGUGGUCCUAAGCCUAGAAGAAUUCAAAAGGUCUAUUUGAAUCAGUUGAAUUGUUUAAAUUUAAGAUAUGUUCAACAAACUAUAGCUAUUGCUUUAAAAUUUAAUACAGAACGUGUUGACCACGUAUUUACUUUAUGGGGGUUAUUAGUAGAAAAUAUAGAAGAGUUUUUUGGUGACGAAGACAUAUUUUUCGCCUGCGGAAGUGCUUACUUUUACUAUAUGCAAACAUUGGUGCUAGACUGGGAGGACAUAAAAACCGUAGAAAAAAUUUGUAUGCAGGAUCGUAGUAUUGGUUUAGCUUACCAAGAAUCUAAAUAUGAAAUACCAAAAAUCACAACAAUAGAAAACUCUCCGGACUUUAUUUCGAAAAUAGUAAAUGAUUCACCAUUGUUGUUAAAGGAGAAGUAUGUGUUUGGUGGAAUAAUUGGAGAAGGUCAUUUCGCUGUAGUAAUGAAGAUUAAAAAGUUAAAAACGAAAACUCCGUAUGCUGUUAAGAUAGUUAAAAAGAUCAAAACGUAUCAAGAUGAGCAGUUAUAUAAAGCUGAAAUUAAUAUUCUUUUGAAAAUAAAACAUCCACAUAUUGUUUUCUGUAAGGAAAUCUAUGAACGGCUAGAUAAAUAUUACAUUGUCAUGGACUAUAUUAGUGGAGGAAAUCUCUAUCAGGCAUUGCUAAAAGCAAAGAGGUUCUCGGAAGCUGACUGUCGUUUAGUAAUGAAAAAACUUUUCAAAGCUUUAGUUUAUAUACACUCAAAGAAUAUAAUACAUAGGGACAUAAAGUUAGAAAACGUUUUAGUUCAGCGCGAUGUCAAUGAACGGAUUUGUGACAUAAAAUUAACAGACUUUGGUCUAUCUACAGAAGGCACUGAAACUUCACGUAGUAAAUGCGGAACGCCUUUAUAUAUGGCACCGGAACUUGUAUUGGAGAUUUGCUAUGACAAUAAAGUGGACGUUUGGUCAGCUGGAGUCAUGAUGUUCACGCUUUUGUGCGGAGACAAUCCCUUUCAGCAUGAAGUGAGAAAUACUUUAUAUAAAUUCAUUAUUAUAGGAAAGUAUAAAUACCCUAAGAUUAUUGAAGAUCAAAUUUCCAUUGAAUGUAAAGAUUUAAUCAAAAAUUUGUUAAAAGUUAAUCCAAAUAUACGAUUCUCAAGCAAGAAAGCUCUUCGCCACUAUUGGUUUAAUAACAAGAAGUUUAAAUAAUUAUUUAAUAAUUUUCUGCCAACAGUUUUGAUGAGUCUCAAGAAUUUGAUACUUCAAUAAUUUUCAUAAAUAUACAAAUGGAAGA